GUACGUUUGUUUCGACAGCGCGCUGAACUCGGGGCAGAGAUCUCGCGGUUUAUUUGUACUUUGUUUGUGUUCAAAGGAUAUUGACAUUCGGUACUAAGGAUGUCUUUCAUCCAUAGCUGCUUAAGAAACGGGUUUAUCAAUUCUCUUACUUCUGCCUACCGAGCUUGAUAUUUUGACCUUUUCUUCGGACAAUAGGCCAUUUUUAUUGAGGAAAUGUGCAGUUGUUUAUAGGAUUACCUUUACAUGCAGAAAUGUGACUUGAUAGUACAAUAGAUAACUUGCAGACCAACUUUAUUGUUGAUCCUUACAAGUGUCAUGUAAUUCUUCUAUGUAUGGAUAUUUAUUUUCGUAUGCUACUUUUAAAUAAUGCUUGAAUUACAAGCAUGUGGUUUCUAUGCUACAUCAUCUUUAUACGUGUUUAACGGAUCACAUGCUCAUAUUUGUCAUGUUCUACCUGAUUUAUUUUACAAAUUACGCUAAGGUUGACGGAAUAAGUUGUGCUUCUGGUUUCCAAGCACACAGUGAUGGCGUCAAAAGUAGGCAAUGCACUGCCGAUGUACGACAUUGUUUGAUUACACUUAGUCGUGAAUCAACAUAUGAACCUUACAACCCACAUAGUUUUGAUUGUUGGCCAUGGCCAGAAUUGGAAAACAAGUGUCCUACCGUUAGGGGAGUAUGCCACGUUCUUCAUAAAUCUAAGGAUGAUUUACUCGAAACUUGCUGUUGUUAUGAUCAUAUGUGCAAUAAUGAAACUUUGACAAUCGUCCCUAUGUCUGAAGAUCUCGUUCCAGGUGAUCAUCACAAAAGUGGUCUUGAACACUUUGGUUUACGGGUUCCUGAUAACGAUUUGAAUGUAAUUGUAGCACCUCAGGAUUUUCCAAACUCAGGCGUUAUUUCCCCCCAGCGUUCAGAUUCGUACGAAGAUCCUUCAGAUAAUCGAUUACAGAUAGAUGCAUUAAGAAUAUUUGUCAUUUGUGGGAUAUUACUUUCAACUGUAUGCACAGUUAUUUUACUGGUGUUUUGUUUAUCUCCUCGAUAUAAAAAAGUCCGGAUGAAAUUUUUCCUUGCAUGUAAUCAUCCAUCUCCAUCUUCACAAUACUUUCAAAACAGUUUAGACAGUCGUGUUCAUGGCACACUAUCAAUUGUUGAUUGUUUCCAUUGUCCAAAAAGCUCGUCUUUCAAAUCAUCCUUUACCAGUGGUUGUGUUGUAACGUAUCCUGUGAAAAAAUCGGAGAUUUCACGUCACAGUAUUUCAAACGGUGAUCAUUUACAUCAAGCGGGUUCCUGUAUUGAAUCACUAGGUAGUGGAUUCGUUUUCUGUGAUAUAUCGGAAACUGAAUCGAAUGCGAAAGAAUUAGCUAAUUUGCAGCUUGUGGCUAAGUUGUGUCAUAAAGAAAAACUAAUUGGUCGUGGUCGUUUUGCAGAAGUAUGGCUUGCUAAUGUUCCUUUUUCAUUAUUUACACAUCAAUUAAAAAUAACUCAAGAUUUAUUAAAUUAUAAAAAUCAUAAUAACGAAAAUGGUAGUAGUAGUAAUAGAAAAUUUCAUCAGUCGUCAACAAAUGGAUCUAUUCUUGGUCAUAAUUCAAAUAUGAAUUCAUCUUGGCAUCUAUUAUGCUGUCAACAGGAUAGUAGGUUAACUACAAUACCUAAUACUAUGUUGAAAUGUCUCAAUUCAAAUACAUCAUUUACAUUUGUCGAUACUCACCCGGAAACAUCUCUGGAUUAUCUGUACAGUGAGAAGAGUGAAACUUCAGUUUCUUUGAAAAAAGAAACGAAAGAUCGUACUGAUGACAAGGAAAAUGUACAUCACGCCGAAACAUCUACCUCUCCUUUAUUAUUAUCAACCAGAACGGUUUCAUCUAUUGAUGUAAAAAAUUCACCAAUAGACAAUUUUACUACGAAUGAUGAAUCCCCUAUGCCUGUGGCCGUAAAAACAUUCAGUGCUAAUGAAUAUGAUGCAUGGAAAACAGAAUUGGGAAUUUUCAAGGCUAUCCAUUCAAUAAACAAACGAUUACCUGCAAUUGUUUCUAGUACUGCUCCUACUGCUCCAACUACUAUCAAUACUACUGCUACAAUAACAAUCACUACUAGUACUACUACUAAUAAUAAUAGUAACACUAGUAAUAAUAAUACUAGUAAUAAUAGCACUACUACCACCGACACUGUCGGUACAACAAGCACUAUGAAUUCCUUCAGUAUCAAAUGUGUACACCAAAUGUUAAGACAUAUUGGGCAUCCUAAUAUUGUCUUACUGUUAGGAGCAGGAUCGGUUCAACUUUGUCGAUCCACAAUCACAGAAUAUCGUUUAGUUAUGGAAUUCGCUUCAGGUGGUUCACUGCGUCAACUUUUAUCACAAGGUGUUUGGUUAUCAUUUACUAAAAUACUAAAAAUAUCUGAUGAUAUUGUACAAGGUCUAGGCUUUCUACAUAGUGAUUUAGUGAAUAGACAACAAUCCAAUGGUCAUCAAAUUAUAUACGGUAAAUAUCCAGUGGCUCAUCGUGAUUUGAAACCAGAAAAUAUAUUAAUACGUUUUGAUGGAACUGCUUGUUUGUCGGAUUUUGGACAGUCUGUAUGUCUGGCAGAAAAUUCACCCAAUAGUCCAACAUCAAACAAUUCGUGUGGAACAUCGUUACAAGAUGUGUUAACUACGACGUAUUCAGUUAGUUCAGCAUUGGAGUCUAUGCCGAAGGCUGGCACUUUAAGAUAUCAGGCCCCAGAAAUUAUUGAUGGUGCUAUAUCUUUCACUGGAUGGGCUUUACUGCGUACCGAUAUAUAUUCUUUGGGAUUGGUCUUAUGGGAGUUGCUCACAGCUGUUCUUCUACCUAUUGACCAUGAAAAUGCUUCAAAAGGCGAUUAUGAGACUCACAAUAUUGAUUUUAAGUUGAACGACUCUCCUGAAAACGCGUCCCCAUCGAUUGGUUCAGAUUUAUGUUUGAUGAAUAGUAUACACCCUGAGUUUGAUCAUCUGGACCCACACAGCCCUGUAAAUGUAGAUUAUCGUGCACCAGAACAUAGAAAAAUGAGAAAGCGGCACCACUGGCUACCUUAUGAAAAGGAACUGGGAUCAUUGUGUAAUUCUUCAGCUGCUUUACAACAGCUUGUAUGUCUGGAAAAAUAUCGUCCAGCUGGCCAUCCGUCUUGGUUUAAUUCAACUUUGAUUACUCAUUUUUAUCGUACAAUUAAUGAAUGUUGGGAUCAUGAUCCAGAGGCACGUCUUACAGCUGAUUGUAUUUUAAAACGAAUUCGAUUUUUAAAAAGUCAGAUGAAUAAAACAAAAAAAUCAGAUUAACAAAAUUGAAAAUAACACACACAAUCAACUCUAUUCAUAUUUAUGUAUACCUCUCAGGUUGAUUAAAAAAGAGAUAGGAAACUGGUCAGGAAUGUUAUCUCCUAAUGAACAAAAAUCAAUCUCUUCUCACACAUAUUUAUAAAUGUAUAGAUAAACUUGUCAUCGUGUUCCUUUUAUUUUUACGUUACUUCAUUAUUUCUUCAUUUAUUUUUUUAAAAUCCAUUCCAUUGUAGGAAGUUAUAGUGAAAUUUUCUCACCUUUUUUUUCUAAACGAAGACAUUCCUUUGUUUUUUGCCCUGUUUAUCUCUUGUCCAUUUUACACAGUAUGUGUUUGCCUCUGCUAUUCGGUCUUCAUAAUGCAUAUAUAUAUAUAUAUA